AUGCCCAUGGAGUUUUCUACAUUAGAAGAAAACGCUUCUAUUUUACCCGAGACAGGGCAUAUAGCAGGAGAGAAGAGCGCCCCAUUUAAGGGGUCAGUUAAAGAGCGGCUCUCCUGCGGCCUGCUGGGAAUUAUUCUGUGCUUUAUGGACACGCUGACCAUAGGAACGAUCGGCCUGGGCAGCUGCCCAGACAUAGAUCUACCCAAAUACAGCGAAAUUUUCUUUGUAAUGGGGCUGCUAGCGUCGCAGCUGACAUUUUACAUAUUUUCUUCGUUCCGCAUAGGGAUUGUAACUACGCCUAUCUCUGAAAACUUUGUGGCGUUUGGAGAGGUCUCAGGCCUCCUGUACACAGAGGGCGGCCUCCGAGGAGCGCAGUUUUUCUGGACUCUUAUGGCGUUUAUUUCGCUCUCCACUAUCCUAACCGGAUUCGUGUUUUUCGCUCUUUAUGUCACAGGAUUCCAGAAAAUACUGGCUAAAGUGCCGAAGCAGAUAGGGGUUUCGCUUUUUUUUGUCAUUGGGGUUUUCUGCUGCAUUUACGGAAACGAAAGCAUUCUCGGCUUGACCAAGAACGGCAAAAACAUCUACACAAGAGAAGGAAUUAUCCUGGCGUACAACUUUGUGGGCGCAGGCCUAUGGUGCGCUGCCAGAUACGCAAGCAAGAAGUACCCUAGUUUUGGCCCGUUUUCAUACUCGGCAGUUCUGGCGCUGGCCGUUGCUUUGUCGUACAUCCCGAUAUUUCUGGUCUGGGGAGGCAUAGACCAAGCCAGGCAUGCAAACAUCCUGCCUACGCAGACCAAGAGCUUUUUUACGCUUUUUGACCUGCCUCUUAUAAAGGAGCUCUCGCCCAGCGCAAUUGCGUGGGAGUGGAUUUUUUCCGUAAAGAUUCUGCUACGGAUGCUGGGAGUAAUUGCUAUUAAUUUGGUGCAGUUCCCCAUAAACGUAUCCGCAAUAUCCACAGCGUGCAAGACCGAAGCCCACAUAAAGAAGGAGCUCCUUGCAAACGGUGUUUCAAACGUGGCCAGCUCAGUGGUUGGAGGGUUUCCAACAUACGUGGUGUCCUCCUCGACAAUUGCAUUCAACAGGAACAAAAGCAUAACAGCGCGAAAGGACGGGCUCCUGAUGGCGGUGGCCUUUGCUGUGCUCUACAUUCUGGGGCAGUCCGUCUUCUCGUACAUCCCCCAGAUCUGUCUCGACUGCCUUCUCCUGUUCAUUGGACUCGACAUUAUAUACGACUCGGGCAUGGACAUUUGGGGAAUGGGAUCAUACACGAUCCUGUUCUCGGUGUGCGUGGUCGUGCCUGCAAUAUGCCUUAAAAACAUCCCGGUUGGCAUGGGAAUAGGAAUGCUCAUAUCGAUUGCUCGCCACUUAUACAGAAAGUAUCACGCAAGCAGAACUCAAGUAUAG